UCAAUAUCUAGUACCGAGUACGUUUACGUAGUAUGUUUUAAAAUAAUUAUAUUCUAUAAAAUUCUAAAAAUGAAAUAAUAAAGACCUUUAUUUAUUUAUUUAUCGAUUUCCAAAAACAAUUAAACAAGAUGUCUCUUGUGAAUUUAGCUGUUAAGCUAUGCGGAGUUUUACAAUCACAAAACGACGAAGAAGUGACUGCACGUGAAUGGCGUCUCGUUGGUCAAGAACAAGAUGGGUCACAAAUUUUCACAUGGAUAUCAACCCGUGAUUCAAAAGAUGUCCUUCAUAUUGGAGUUUACACAAACAAAACGAAAACUUUAUUGAAUUUAUUUACAUUCGAUGAAAAGCUUAAUAUAAUUCAAGCCUCAGUGAACUCCUCACAUAGUUUAUUAGUAUAUGUGGUGAAAGUUAUAUCUGUAAUUAAUGAGGAUGAACCGAAGUACUGCCCCUACCUAAUAUCUGUGUUACCAGAUAAGGUGACAGGUCCUGAGCCAAUAGAAGAAGAAGGUUCUACUAAACAGAUAAUGUUACAAUAUGUAUAUGGAAAAAGUAACAAAUACAGUCCUGGAAUAAGAAAUGACAGAUUUAUUCUUUUUAAACAUUUAGAAUGUAUCAAGAUAUAUAGAUCACCAAUGUUUUUAAAUGAGUGUGAAGAUGGUUCAGAGAAAUGGGGUUUUGACGGCAUUUAUCCAGAGCCAGAAACAAUUGUAAAUGUAUUCUCUUGGGCGCAGUGGGAUUGUGUUAAUCAAGUUCUAUUCUACAUCCACUACCGCGCGCCGACGCAGAGCUUCGCCGAAGACGAGGAAGUCAAAUCACCCACCGAGCCAACGCCUACUCUGUCAGCUCUGCAGUUCCAUGCAGACUUACCCCACGAGACUGUGCUCAACAUUCCGCUGAGCCUUCCGCACGUGCCGGGUGCGCACGGAGCGGGCGCAGCGUGCGGCUCGUACGAGGACGACCCCGUGCCGCUGCGGGUUCACGACUGCAGCCUCGACCUCUACAUAGUGUGCGACCCGCGGGGGCUGCUCUGUGUCUGCCACCAUUAUCUCUACAAGCCCCUAGAGGAUUCCACGAGCUCGCUAGUACUAGAUGACGUAGACCUGAAGGAGUCAGGCGUGAACUUCGCCUACUCGGUGACUCUGCUGCAUCACGGCUGCGUGGUACACACCGUGGUACCCGACCUGCCGUGGACCCUCGCCAAGUCGCUGCGCCCGUCUUACACGCUAUACGCAGAUAACAUUCUACUAGUUCACAUUCCGAUGCUGUUCACACAUCUCAUAGACAUAAGUCCCCACCACGAACCAUGCUGCCACAUUGUGAUGCCGAUGGAAGCCAGCGAGAGUGGACCCUCUCUCGCCCCAUUACUUGGUUGGGGAGCCCACGCUAUGGUAGAUCUGAACACACUGGACGUGGUCACUAUGAAUGUUGCUGACAAGGACUUGGCCGCUACGUUUAAAAGUGACACAGUGAUUGAGAACAAACUGGCUAUUAUACAUUAUCUGGUCCAGCAUGAGGGAAAUAUGGAUUUGGCUGAAGAUUUGAUAUCCUGGCUGUGUGUGACGCAGCGUGAGGUCGGUGGGCUUCAGCGAGCUAUGCAGGAGUACCUCGUGGGCACCACAUACGCCGUGACGCGCCGCUCGCUGCCUCCCGGAAAGCUACAGCUCAUCAACUGUCUGCCCUUCACGGCGCAUCUCUCCUUCACUGAUGUCAAGGCGGGCCGGGUCUCCGUGCUAGUGUCUCGUGCGGCCCUGUGGCGCAGUGCGGUGUCGGCGGUGGUUCUGUCUCCGCGGCAGCGCGUGUGCCAGUUCGCGGAGGACGUGUGGACGCGGCUGUGGGUCGCUCUCUGUGCCUUGGCCGCACCGGCCCAGCGACUGCAGCCCGCGCACGUGUUGGACCGACUGCGGGUCAGCCUGCAUUGCUAUCAGCCAGAGGCAUUGUCGCGGUGUAGCACGCCUAUGUCUCCCACGGCCGCGCCCCUCCCGACACGACGUCCCUCACUCGUCGCCCAGGAUGUAUUCCCUUUCGUGGAACUGGAUGUAUGCACCGCCAGCAAGCAGGAGCAAGUCAUUGCUGCGAAUCUGAGAGCAGUGAGCGUGCACUUAAUGCGGGAGAAUAGCACCGACAGCGCUGGAGCGCUUGAAAGCGGCGUGCACGCGCUCGCGACACGCUGGGCUACGGCGCAGUUGGACGCGUCGCGCGCGCUCUGUCGUGCAGCGCUUAAAGCGGUCGGGGCGCUGCCGCAGCCGCAUCAACCGCGCGGUUUCGCAUACAUAGAUGAGCUGGAUCGUACACACGCAUACGUGGUAUUCAAGACCCUGGAGCAGUACGUGGUGAGUGCGGAACUGGUGGCGUUUCCGUUGCCGCAGGGGUUCAGCUCGUUCUUCACGUACCUAGGGUACCGCACGCUGGGCUUCCAGAGCUUCAUGCAUCUCGUGCACCGCAAUGUGUGCGAACUUCAGAUCGAUGUGCUCAAGGCUAUUGUUGCCACCAAGGAUGACGACAAGCGGUCAGUCAACAACAAGUUGCGUCUCAUCCAGCUGGCGGGCGAGGGUCGCGGGCGCCGGGCUCUGGCCGCGUGGCCGCACCGCGCCGCUCUCACCCUGCGCGCGAGGGACCACGCCGCCGCGCUGCUCAGUGGCGGGAGUGCGCCCGCCCGGGACCACCACCCGCACCGACCCGUCAAGGAUAUAGGUAUUGCGGCCCUACCCUCCGGCGAACGUCUCUCUCCGCUUGACACGUUUUUAGAUCUGCUCACUGCCAAGGCAAGCCUAAAUGAGUUGGACUUUAACCUCAUUAUAGAAGCUACCCUAGCUUCAGUGCAAUGUGAUGCUGCAAUUAGGUCAUAGACAAAAACAUUUUAGGCUUACCAGACCACAAAAAUGAGCAUUUGAUUUACUUCUAUCCUUAUUCCAUAUUUACCAUUAUUAUUAUAUACCAUCAUUAGAAUAGAUUCUAUAAUAUGGUUGCCAAAAUGAUUCAAGAUGUCAAAGUUAUUUCAAGUACAUAUCUGCAAUAUAAUAACUUGGGACAGUUAAUAAAAAUAAUAAUGUGCUUAUAAUAUUUUUUUGUGUCUUGACAGAAGUGAAAAAUUCAUCAAGGCAAGGUUAAUAAUACGAACUACAACAAUUAUUUGUGUUUUAUAUUCAUAAAGUUAUUAUUUACAAUAUUAUGUAUAAUAAAAUAUAUCUGUGUAAAAAUUAUUGGGUCAAUUUUGCUAUGACUGACUUGACACUCAACUCAUUUCACGAUUUGUAUAAGUGUACGUGCAUUGCUCAAAAUAGAGGCUAACAGUCAACCUCCAGAUUGAUUUCGACGUUUUCACACGCGAUGAUCUAUUCGAUUCUUGACAAAAAUCUGCUAAUUAAAUAAAACAACUAAAUUUAAAACAAAAUUGGAGAAUUCAAUCCUUAAGACUUACAAACUCAAUCUUUUUUUUUCGUAUUAAAUCUAACCAACUUUUUUUGUGUGAAAAUUCCUUGCUACUUAACUUUAUUAAUUGAUUUAAAACUAAAAUGCAAAAUUAAUGAUCAUAUAAGAAAGCCUCGACUGUGUAAAAGAAGAAUAUGCAAAAGAUUUAAUUUUCAUGUUCAACAACUAUAUUGAAAAAUAAUAUUAUCAGUCUUGUCUUCCGUUUAAGUUUUAUGUAUUAAAUUAUUUUGUUUAUUAUUGAUUUUUGCUAGUUUGUAAUUGGGUAAGGCUGGUUGAAAUUAUGCUCAAAUGUACGCAGAUCUCAAUUAUUAAUAGUUUCAUUCCAUUGUCUACUUCUUUGAUUAAUAUUGGAUAAGUAUUUAUUAAAUUAGUAAUAAAAUUAUUUAAAAUUCGAAA